AUGAACGCGGUUCAACCGAUUAUCGAUGGCGAGCUUGUAGCAGCGGCCGUAAAUGAAUUCUAUUCGACCACCGAUCAACUGAGGAGGCAUGCUCUCGACGAAUUUUUGUGCAAAUUUCGAACAGAUUACGACUGCGUUCAAACGGUGGCGAGUUGCAUUCGUUUAAUCAGUACACCUACGAAUAACGCGAAUGUUCGAUAUUUCGGUGCUGCCUGUUUUUAUGAUGUCAUACGGGCCAGAAAUGAAGAAAUUGUAUCAAAUGCAACCCUGCUUGCGAGCGCGAAGACGUUUCUAAUCGACGGCCUAACAAAUGGAACUCAGUUUUACACUCAAUCCGUCUUGAAUAAGCUCUCUUCCGCAUUGGCAAUUUUGACAUUAUAUUGCAUACCGGAUUUAUGGCCAGAGCCUGUUGCUGAUUUGACUGCCAUGUGGGCCCCAACCCCGGAAUUACUCCUGAGAGUAUUGUCUGAUAUUGCCGCUGAAUUUCAGCAUGUUGUGAUGCCAUUGAAUCAGCGAAGUGUGCUCAAAACCGAACUUCAUCGAAUGGCUGAUGACAUUAUCAAAAUAAUUGGAACCGUUUUGUCAUGUGAUGAUGCAACGGCGUCAACGAAACAAGCGGCAUUAGAUUGUGUAGAGCAAUGGAUUCGUUUACCGGGAAUCGCUCUUGAAAAUUGGUCCAAAGUGCUGUCAAUUGUUCUGGAAGCUGUCGUCAAAGAUAGUAAUUCAUUAACGAAUCUUCUCAAUGUUUUGGCCAACAAUGAUGAUUUGCCCUCAAUGCCGCAACUUCUUCUCGAUAUUUGUAGUUAUGUCGUUUUAAACGUUUCGAGUAAAGUCGGCGAAGAAUUGAAAGACGAUGGAUGCUCUGACGAAGCGAUUGCACUGGUUUCAGCGACAUGUAGCAUUUGCGAAGCGGCCGUGCCGACGUUGGUUGAUGUUGCGACACAAGCAAAAAAUCCUCAAAUUCUAAGUCAAGUUCUCGAAGUGAUGCAAGCUCUUGCCAAUCUGCCUGGUCAAUAUCCAACCGAAGAGAAGGUUUCUGAUCUACCCGCGGUUUUCCUCACGUCUUUACGCGAUGAACUCAAAAGUGUUAUGAAUUCAGACGCGAAGUAUGAUCCUCAGUUAAUUGCAAAUAUUGCACAAUUUUAUGCCCAAAUAUUACAUAUGGCGAUUUUCAAGCUCACGUAUCCAACAGCAGAACAAUUCGAAGGGUUUUCUGUUGAAGACAGAGACUUAUUUAUUAAUUAUCGAAAUAUGCGCAGCGAAGCAUCUGUAGACUGCUAUUUGCUGUCCGGUAGCAACACAUUAGAGUUUUUGAACCAAAAAUUAGAAGAAGCUCUCAAAGAAGCUCAUCUGAACCGAAGCGAAUCGGUGUUGUUCCUUUUGGAAUGCGUUGGCGACUAUCUCACCGAGCGAGACUACCCGCAAAUUCUACGGUGUAUUGAGUUGAUCGCAACAAAUUUGAAGAUUCCACUCACACUGCAGCUUAAUCCUGAUCACUGCCGACGUGCGCGCACAUUGAUGAAGCUCCUUUAUUCGCUAUCACACCUUGUACAGGCGCACGAUCACGCUUCUGAGCUAGAAGCCGCCAUAUUUCCAGUCAUUCUCUCGUACAUCGUUAAACGAUGCGAAUCUAAUCAAUCUCUUUGCACUUUGGAAAAAUAUGUCGAAGAUAGACCUGAGAGUUUGGAGUAUUGCGGAGACGAAAUCUCGCAAACUUGCUACGACUUUUUCAACGAUGAAUUUCAACCGAAAAAACUUCGACUAAACGCCUUAAAAUGCAUCGGAUACGUCCUUUCACGAAAAUCGCCACAAGACACGAUGAAAAUCGUUUGUAAAAUUUUGGGAAACUAUAUUGGAGAUGUGGAAGAUACAUUAAGUGAUGAAGAGAAAAUCGAGCGAUAUUCUUUCCAGUUCAAUAUUUUCUCAGCGCUUUUCUCGAGCUUAAAUCCAAAAAAAUCGACGCGUCCUGUCGACGAAGAACCAGCAAUUGUGCUAAUUCUGAGAGAGGCAAUUCCCGUUUUUGAACGAAUUUGCGGACAAAUCAGCGGCGGACGACUUAUUGAUGACGUGUGUGAUACUGUGCGGACCGUUUUAACAGCGCUACCCGACAAAUACCUUCCGGACUUCUUCCCAUUUGUAGUUAAUCUGCUCAAUUCGGCUUUGAUCACGAAUGCAUCGGCCGCAUGCACGCUAGCAAUGUCGACAGUUUUGCAAUGUGGUCCGUUAGUUGGAAUUGACAUGUGCAAUGCAAUCUGCAGUUGGUUCAACAUGUUCGAGCAAAGAUUCGGCGAUUCUCAAAUGGAUGAAUGGCUUUCGUUCAUUUAUCAAGUUGUCAAGAAAGACUGGAAAACGUUGAGGAAACAUGGAGAAGCGUCGAUGGCUGGAAUUCAGAGCGUUUUGAAUAUUUGCGCUUCGACAAUUGCUCAAUCACAAGAGCCGUUUGUUGUUAGAACGGCGGCUCAGAUUCUGGCCUGUAUUGCGACUCAUACAACGAACAACGAUGACGCGGCAAUGAAGAAUGUUCUCGCCAAAUAUGGCGCCGAUUUGAUAAAAUCGAUAUUCGCAAGGGUCCAAUGUGAAUUGGUUCGUACUACUGUUGAAUCACUUGCUGAAGUCUUAUUUUUCUAUUUCCAACAAUUCACAACUGAAACAAGAGAGGUGAUCAAUGGAGAACCUUACGGAAGCACUCCAAUGGUCGCCGCGUUGUUUCGCGAUAUCGGAAGUCUGCGAAAUUUCAAACAAAUGACGAUUCGAUUCAAUAACGCCGCGAUUCGAGACGCCGGCUCGGCCAAGUAA